AUGGAAAGCCUCAAACUGAAAUAUUACAAAGAUUUCAGAGAACAAGUUCGUGCAAACUUUGACGAUUUGGUCACUCUUGUGCAACAGUUAGAACCAAAGGUUCGUCUUUAUUACUCUGAGGACAUUCAACUUAGCAGGGAGAAACUUGUUGAACUGAUAUUGAUGGAUUCCUGUUUCAUAUUUGAGUUUAUCUUAACUUUUACGUCAACAGGUGAUGAUUGUGUCCCAUUCAAAUGUUGGUUGGAAAGUAAUAUAGCUCAUGAUUUGCUUUUACUUGAGAAUGAACUUCCUUUUGAUGUUCUUGACAAACUCUAUAAUCUAGCCUCUCCUUCUCCUGAUUUCCUUUUAUUUGCUGAUCUCACUUUUCAUUUAUUCUGGAUACCUUAUGGAGAUUCUCCUCCUAGCAUAAAACACUUCACAUAUAUCUUAAGAAUCUCUUACUUAUCACCAACUGAUAGUCUAUCUCCAAGGAUGGAUGAAUUGAAUGCUUAUUAUGAGCGUACUUGGAACAAUGCAAGGGCAUCUUUGAGACGUGAUUACUGCUGGAGUCCAUGGAAAGUUUAUAAGAAAGAAAGUUUGUCAAUAUAA